AUGGUGCACUGUCUCAGUAUUGCCCAAGGGCGGCCGGAUCGGUGUGCAAGUCUAUAUGCGUGCAUCAAAGUCGACCUAUGCUUGCUUGUGCACUCCACAACUCGUGCAUCCGUUGAUCUUCCGAGCACGUUGUCUUGCCACAUCACCUCCAUCUCCCCGGGGCUUGCACUACGCGACGGCAACGCCGCAGCGGAAUACACGCACGCCGUGCUUGUGCACACGGCAAGCUUAUCGCCCGUUGAGAGUUCGGAGCUCGCCCUCUUCCAGUUCGUCGGACGCCGAACUGCCCGGAUGAGCCCCAGCAACUUAUUGCAUAGUGUCCAGGAGAGGCUGCAGAAGGUCAGGAACAACUUUGCGCAAAAUCCCGAGCCGCGAAUUGAACUUGAUUACGUGGAGCUCAUCAGUCCGUUCCGGACAUAUAGAGCAUCACUUGUCCCAUAUGCACUGGAGAACCUGACGUGA